AUGUUUCUUUCAGUGAAUGUUUCAGUCAAAGAAAACCAACAUUUUGUUGGUAUUGCGUUUUUGGAUGGUUUAACAAAAAAACUAGGCGUAACAGAAUUUAUAGACAACGAGUUAUACAAUAAUUUUGAAUUUCUUUUGGUUCAGUUGAAUACGAAAGAAGUUAUUAUACCAUUAAAUGAAGAAAAUAAAAAUCUGGAGUUGUCAAAAGUCAAGACAGUUUCAGAAAAUGCUGGUAUGAUAGUUACAGAAAUUUCUGAACAAGAUUUCAAAAUAGAUAAUUUAAAUUAUGAUUUUCCAUGUUUUUUUAAUGAAGAAAGUUUAAAAUUAUUGUCACAUAUUGAAAGCAAAAUUGCCAAAAGUUCAAUAGCUGCAUUAAUAAAAUAUUUAUUAUAUACGAAUAAUUUAACGGAUUCUGAAAAGCUUCAACUUUAUAAAUAUAAUUUAUCUCAGUAUAUGAAACUAGAUAUUCCUGCUCUUAAAGCAUUAUCAUUAUUUCCCGACCCUACUUUUGAAUCAAAUAAAAGUAUGUCUCUUUUUGGGCUUCUUAAUAGAUGUAAAACUGCUAUUGGAAGCAGGUUAUUGUCUCAAUGGAUAAAACAGCCUUUGAUGGAUCUAAUUGAAAUUAAUAAAAGACAAUUAUUAGUGGAAGCAUUUUCUAAGAAUUUGCAUGCUUUACAGUCUGUUCAAGAGUUUUUAAAAAGUUUUCCUGAUGUUUAUAAAUUAAAUAGAAAAUUUCAAAAAAAAAAGGCAACUUUAGAAGAAGUAGUUAGAGUUUAUCAAAUGAUAAUUAAGAUCCCAGAUUUAAUAAAUGCAUUGGAAGGAGUUAAUGACCAUAAUUAUUCGGUCUUAAUUCAAGAAUUAUAUUUAUCGAAAUUAAAGGAAUUUAAUGGAAAUCUUAAAAAAUAUAUAAAACUAAUUGAGACUACAAUUGAUUUUGAAGCUAUGAGCAAUCACGAAUGGAUUAUUAAGUCAGAAUUUGAUGAGUCUCUUACUCGUCUUUUAAAUGAAUUAAAUGAAUUAAAAGACAAAAUUUAUCAAGAACAUCUCCGUGUUGGCGAAGAAUUGCAGCAAGACACAAUGAAAAAACUUAAACUGGAGCAAAGCGAAAUACAUGGUUGGUGCCUUAGGCUUACUAGAAGUCAUGCAUAUAGCAUUAGAGAUAAAAAUUAUAUAGAAUUGUCAACUUUGAAAUCUGGUGUAUAUUUUACAACCUUAAUGAUGCGUCAAUAUAGUAAAGAAUAUAACGAUGUUUUAGCUCAAUAUAAACAUCAACAAACAGAACUUGCGAAAGAAGUUGUUGAAAUUGCAGCAUCAUUUUGCCCAAUAAUGGAGGAAUUAGGCAUGGUUAUUGGGCAUCUUGAUGUAAUAAUAAGUUUUUCGGAUUUAUCGAGCUCAUCAGUUUUACCUUACGUUCGUCCAAUUAUAAGUAAAGAUAGUAAAAUUAUUCUUAAAGAGUCACGACAUCCUUGUCUCGAAAUUCAAACUGAUAUAACUUUUAUUUCAAACGAUGUUUAUCUUGAGCGUGGAGUUUCUGAAUUUCUUAUUAUUACAGGACCUAACAUGGGUGGAAAGUCAACAUAUAUUCGCCAGAUUGGUAUAAUUGUUUUAAUGGCUCAAAUAGGAUGUUUUGUUCCUUGUGAAAAAGCAGAAAUUUCUAUAUUUGAUUGUAUUCUUGCAAGAGUUGGUGCUAAUGAUACUCAACUUAAAGGAAUUUCUACAUUUAUGGCAGAAAUGCUUGAAACAGCAACUAUACUUGAGACAGCGUCAUCUAAUUCUUUAAUUAUAAUUGAUGAAUUAGGAAGAGGAACUAGUACUGCAGAUGGAUUUGGGUUAGCAUGGGCAAUAUCAGAGUAUUUAAUUAGCAAAAUUAAUGCAUUUUCUCUAUUUGCUACACAUUUUCAUGAACUAACAGCGUUAUCAAAAGUAUACACAACUGUAAAAAAUUUAAAUGUGGUUGUUCAUAUUCAAGAUAAUGAUAAAAACAAAGAUAUUGUCCUUAUGUAUAAAGUAAAACCUGGUAUAUGUGACCAAAGUUUUGGGAUUCAUGUAGCAGAAAUGAUUAAUUUUCCAGAAAGCGUAGUGAAAUUAGCAAAACGUAAAGCAAGUGAGCUAGAAAAUUCUAUGUCAACAUGUGUUGAAAAAUAUACUAUGGAAGAUAUUAAAAAUGGUGCCAAUAUAUUAUCACAAAUAAUGAACGAAUGGAAAGAAAAGAUUAAUGAAUCUGAUAUGAGUAGUUUAGAAAUGCUAAAUAUUUUUAGAAAUAUACAAGAAAAAUAUAUGUCCGAUAUUAAAAAUAACUUAUGGAUACAAGAAAUUAUUACUCAAUAA